CUAAAUUUUGAACCAGGUGAAUAUAUUAUUCAUAUUACUUAUUUAAUAAUUAAACCGAAAAAAAAAUCUUGAGUUGGAAAACGUUUUUUUGAAAAGAGCAAAGACGUACGUGCGGGGCCAAAAGCCCCGCCCGUGAAGCUUACAGGACCGGAGAGCUUCGCGGACUCGGGUCGCCGCCACCGAGGCGAGGAUUCCUAGAGUGGCCCGGAAGUGCCCUGUUGACAGCGGCCGGACGCUGAUUGGCUUGUUUAAGUCUAGCCUUUGUUCCGGGCCCCAAAGGGCACUAGCUGUGGCACUUGUCCCUAUCAGGGUGUGAGCAGCUUUUGUCAUUUCUCCUCAUUUUUUAUUAGACAAGAUUCUAAGAGAUUCUCUUUGAAUCAAUCCCAGAUAGAGGAUUAGACUCCUGAAAAACAGCCUAGAAUGGCCACAGCCCUGGAACCUAAGGAACAAAAAGGACUUCCCAUAGUUGAAGCAGAAGACCAUUCCUGGGGACAGGACUCCAUCUCCCAAAAGUGCUGUCUUCAUAGAAGGGAACUCUUCAGGCAGCACUUUAGGAAGCUCUGCUAUCAGGAUGCACCUGGACCCCGUGAAGCUCUUACCCAUCUCUGGAAGCUUUGCCGCCAGUGGCUGAGGCCAGAAUGCAACACCAAGGAGCAGAUUUUAGACUUACUGGUGCUGGAACAGUUCCUGAGCAUUCUUCCUAGGGACUUGCAAACAUGGGUGCAGGCACACCAUCCAGAGACUGGAGAGGAGGCAGUCAGUGUGCUGGAGGAUCUGGAGAGAGAGCUUGAACCUCAAAAGCAGGUGACAGCCAAUUCAGGAAAACAGGACGCACUCUUGGACAAGUUGGGAAGGCCUCAUGAGUCACUGACUGUCCAGCUCCAUUCCAAGAAGACCCAGCAGGAGCAGGAAUCUGGGGAUACCCAAAGAAAUGGUAAUAAAACCAAAACUAAGAAAGAAGAGUCAUCCCACAAGGAUAUGCCUGAGGAUAUGGAAUUCCUUGGGAAGAUAAAAGACAGACUUAACAAAGACAUUCCUCAGCAUUCUGAAUUCAAAGAUGCUACUGAAAGUGAGGGCAGAUUUGAAUGGCAGCAGAAGGAAAGAAGACACUAUAAAUGUGAUGACUGUGGAAAAAGUUUCAGUCAUAGCUCAGACCUUAGUAAACAUAGGAGAACUCACACUGGAGAGAAGCCCUAUAAAUGUGAUGUGUGUGGAAAAGCCUUCAUUCAACGCUCACAUCUCAUUGGGCAUCAUAGAGUACAUACUGGAGUGAAACCUUAUAAAUGUAAAGAAUGUGGGAAAGAUUUUAGUGGACGCACAGGUCUUAUUCAGCAUCAGAGAAUCCACACAGGUGAAAAACCGUAUGAAUGUGAUGAGUGUGGGAGGCCCUUCCGUGUAAGUUCAGCCCUUAUUAGACAUCAAAGGAUUCAUACAGUAAAUAAGCUCUACUAAUAUGUGGGAAGUAACAAAAGUUCUUUAGAUGGUCAGGCCUAGUUAAUUAUCAGAGAAUCUAUCCUAGGGACCUUAUGAUUAUCCUGAAUGUAAACAAAAUUUCAGUCAUCAUUAAAAAUUUCUCUGGCA